GCAAGCCUAGAGAGCAGAGCCCACCGCAGCUGCAUCAGACCAACGCCCCUCCGGGCGCCUCUCAGGCAGUAAUGGAGAAAACAUGUGCAGAUGAGUUUCCUCUGACUACCAGUUCCUCAGAAAAGCAAGGGACUGUCUGCAUUUUUGGAACAGGGGAUUUCGGGAAAUCACUGGGACUGAAAAUGCUUCAGUGUGGCUAUUCUGUUGUUUUUGGGAGUCGAAACCCCCAGGUGUCCAGCCUCCUGCCCAGGGGGGCAGAGGUCCUGUGCUAUUCGGAAGCGGCAUCAAAGUCUGACGUCAUAAUCCUGGCCAUGCACAGAGAGCACUACGAUUUCCUCACAGAACUAGCUGAUUCUCUCAAAGGAAAGGUAUUGGUAGAUGUCAGUAACAACCGCAAAAUCAAUCAGUAUCCAGAAUCAAAUGCCGAGUACCUCGCUCAGCUGGUACCAGGAGCCCACGUGGUCAAAGCAUUUAACACCAUCUCAGCCUGGGCUCUCCAGUCAGGAACACUAGAUGCAAGUCGACAGGUGUUUGUCUGUGGAAACGACAGCAAAGCCAAGCACAGAGUGAUGGAUAUUGCCCGUACUCUUGGACUCACCCCACUGGAUCAAGGAUCUCUCAUGGCAGCCAGUGAAAUUGAAAACUACCCUCUCCAACUAUUUCCAAUGUGGAGGUUCCCUUUCUACUUGUCCUCUGUGCUGUGCGUCUUCUUCUUUGUGUACUGUGCUAUACGAGAAGUGAUAUACCCCUACGUGAAUGGGAAGACGGAUGCUACGUUCCGCCUGGCUAUUUCCAUCCCGAACCGUGUCUUUCCUAUAACGGCACUUACACUGCUUGCUUUGGUGUACCUCCCUGGUAUUCUGGCCGCCAUUCUCCAGCUCUACCGAGGCACAAAGUACCGCCGAUUCCCAAACUGGCUUGACCAUUGGAUGCUUUGCAGAAAGCAACUGGGCUUGGUAGCUCUGGGGUUUGCCUUCCUUCACGUCAUCUACACACUCGUGAUUCCUAUCCGUUACUAUGUACGAUGGAGGCUGAGAAACGCAACCAUUACUCAGGCCCUAGCUAAUAAAGACAGCCCAUUUAUUACCACUAUUGCCUGGAUUAAUGAUUCCUACUUGGCGCUGGGAAUCCUGGGAUUUUUUCUGUUUCUUCUCUUGGGAAUUACUUCCUUGCCAUCAGUUAGCAACAUGGUCAACUGGAGAGAGUUCCGCUUUGUCCAGUCCAAACUGGGUUAUCUGACCCUGGUCUUGUGCACAGCUCACACUUUGGUGUAUGGUGGAAAGAAAUUCCUCAGCCCUUCCAUUCUAAGGUGGAGCCUUCCUUCGGCUUAUAUUUUGGCACUUAUCAUCCCCUGUGCAGUGCUGGUGAUGAAGUUUAUCCUCAUCAUGCCAUGCAUAGACAAGACCCUCACUCGGAUCCGACAGGGCUGGGAAAGGAACUCAAAAUACUCCCAGUCAGCACUGAAUGGAAAAUCGGAUAUUUAAACUACAGUUGAAUUUGCCGGGAUUUGUGUACUAUUGUAGUAAAUGUUUAGCGCAUAAUGUGUCCAGUUACAGGAAAGCGUUUUCUCUUGUCAUGGUCCUAACUUUAUCAUCACAGUAGGAAAUGUUGCCUGACUUUGAAAGACCAGAAUAGCAAGGGAGCACUCGAAGCCUCAGUCCUGUGGUGACUCACUGCAGGCCGCCCUCACUUCCUUUCCCAGAAACCCCGGGGCUGCCACUGUGAUUAGAUUUACAAGUCAGUACUCCGAAACUUCUUGACUGUGGGCAACAAGCAUGAUGAAAUGUUUUUGCAGAGUUCUGGAAGAGUGUGUGCAACUUCCUUCUCUAAUUCAAAGGCUGAUGUAAGUGAGAAAGUAACACUGUGGUCGUAAUAAAGGUUUUGCUUGGCAUAUCUAAAGAAAAGGCCCAGGGAAGUGGACAGAGAGAGGGUUGGUUUGUUUCCUGAAUGGAGUGGUGAUUAUAUGUGUUGUCAUA